ACACCCCAAGCCAGCCUUUAAGGACCUGCCCAGUGGUGGCUGCUGCUCCUGAGACCGCCAGAACCGGCUGAUGGGGAAGUCGGAGAGCCCAGUGGGGAUGGUGGAGAGAGCAGAGUGGUCUGGGAAGAAGCGCUCAGCCUUCCUGGAGAGGGGGCUGCUGCUGCUGCUGCUGCUGCUUCUGGGAGCCCUAGUGGCCCUGGGUGUCCUCUACAGCCGAGGAAAGCAGCUGCCCCUCUUAAGUAGCUGGCUGCGCUUCUCCCAGGAAGAGAGGACGGUUGUAAAACGAGCCAUCAGAGAGUCACCACACAGAACUGGAAUCUGCACCACCCCAGGCUGCGUGGUGGCAGCUGCCAGAAUCCUCAAUAACAUGGACCAGUCAAAAAAUCCCUGUGACAAUUUCUACCAGUACGCAUGCGGAGGCUGGCUGCGGCACCACGUGAUCCCCGAAACCAACUCCCGAUACAGCGUCUUUGACAUCCUUCGGGAUGAGCUUGAGGUCAUCCUCAAAGGGGUGUUGGAGGAGUCCACUGUCAAGGACCGGCCAGCUGUGGAGAAAGCCAAGACACUGUACCGCUCCUGCAUGAAUGAAACUGUGAUAGAGAAGAGAGACUCUGGGCCUCUGCUGAGAAUCUUAGAUAUGAUAGGAGGCUGGCCUGUGGCCAUGGACAAGUGGAAUGAGACUGUGGGCCUCACAUGGGAGCUGGAGCGGCAGUUGGCUGUGCUGAACUCGCAGUUCAACAAGCGCGUCCUCAUCGACCUCUUCAUCUGGAAUGACGACCAGAACGCCAGCCGGCAUGUCAUCUAUAUAGACCAGCCCACCUUGGGCAUGCCAUCCCGGGAGUACUAUUUCAAUGAAGGCAAAAACCACAAGGUGCGGGAAGCCUACCUGCAGUUUAUGACGGCAGUGGCCAUGAUGCUGCGCAAAGACCUGAAGCUGCCCAGAGACAACACCAUGGUGCACGAGGAGAUGGCACAGGUGCUGGACCUGGAGAUCCAGCUGGCCAACGCCACAGUCCCCCAGGAGAACAGGCAUGAUGUCACCGCCCUGUACCACAGGAUGGAUCUGGUGGAGCUGCAGGACAGGUUUAAUCUGAAGGGCUUUAACUGGACUCUCUUCAUCCAAACUGUGCUGGCUUCUGUCGAGGUCCAGCUGCUCCCCAACGAGGAGGUGGUGGUCUAUGGCAUCCCCUACCUGGAGAACCUUGAGGACAUCAUUGAUGUGUACUCGGCACAGACCAUACAGAACUACCUGGUAUGGCGCCUGGUGCUAGAUCGCAUCAGCAGCCUGAGCCAGAGAUUCAAAGAAGCACGGGUGAACUACCGCAAGGCGCUGUAUGGCACAACCGUGGAAGAGGUCCGCUGGAGGGAGUGUGUCAGCUAUGUCAACAGCAACAUGGAGAGCGCCGUGGGCUCCCUCUACAUCAAGCAGGCCUUCUCCAAGAACAGCAAGAUCAUGGUCAGAGAGCUGAUUGACAAGGUAAGGUCUGUGUUCGUGGACACCCUGGAUGAGCUGAGCUGGAUGGACGAGACAUCUAAGAGGAAGGCCCAGGAAAAGGCCAUGAACAUCCGGGAACAGAUCGGCUACCCUGACUACAUUUUGGAAGAACACAACAGACGCUUGGAUGAGGAGUACUCCGGUUUGACUUUCUCCGAGGACCUCUAUUUUGAGAACGGACUUCAGAACCUCAAGGCCAGUGCCCAGAGGAGCCUCAAGAAGCUUCGGGAAAAGGUUGACCAGAAUCUCUGGAUCAUCGGGGCUGCAGUGGUCAAUGCAUUCUACUCCCCAAACAGAAACCAGAUCGUGUUUCCAGCAGGGAUUCUCCAGCCACCCUUCUUCAGCAAGGAGCAGCCACAGGCCUUGAACUUUGGGGGCAUCGGCAUGGUGAUUGGGCAUGAGAUCACACACGGCUUUGAUGACAACGGUCGGAACUUCGACAAGAACGGCAACAUGCUGGACUGGUGGAGCAACUUCUCCGCCCAUCACUUCCGGAAGCAGUCAGAGUGCAUGAUCUAUCAGUAUGGAAACUUCACCUGGGACCUAGCAGACCACCAGCAUGUGAACGGAUUCGCCACCCUCGGGGAGAACAUUGCUGACAAUGGUGGGGUGCGGCAGGCAUACAAGGCUUACGCACAGUGGUUGUCUGAAGGUGGCAAAGAUCAGCAAUUGCCAGGACUGAACCUGACCUAUGCCCAGCUUUUCUUUGUCAACUAUGCCCAGGUGUGGUGUGGGUCCUACAGGCCUGAGUUUGCCACCCAAUCCAUCAAGACAGAUGUCCACAGCCCUCUGAAGUACAGGGUGCUGGGCUCACUACAGAACCUGGCAGCCUUCUCUGAGGCAUUCCACUGCCCACGAGGCAGCCCCAUGCACCCCAAGAAGCGAUGUCGCAUCUGGUAACAAGGCUGAGCUAUGCUGCGGCCCAUGCCCCGCCACCCAGAGGCUUCGUGAAACGUGCAGCUGGCAGACAUGAAAGUCCUUGCCUGAAGGCCACAGGAGCCGCCAGCCAGCCCUCCGCGCCCAGCCCAGAGUGCAGCCACCCGCCCACAUCUGGGAUGAGUGGUCCCGCGCCCCUUCAGGCCAGUGAGGGUCAGGAGCCCUACAGGAGCUGUCGGCUGUCUUCCGCCCUCUCCAUAGCCUGUGGCUAAAUGUCUGGAGCUUCAGACUUGAGCUAAGUAAAUGCUUCAA